CAGAGUGCAAUGGCAGCCGCAACUAUAUCAGUAGAUCAGGACCAAUUUUGCUGUUCCGUGUGCCUAGAAGUUCUGCGAGACCCUGUGACCAUUCCCUGUGGACACAGCUACUGUCUGGACUGCAUUGAAGACUACUGGAACACAGCAAAGCAGAAAGACCAGUACAGCUGCCCUCAGUGCAGGCAGGUGUUCAACCCAAAACCCCUGCUGAGCAGGAACACCGUUCUGGCCGAAGUGGUGGAGAAGCUGCUAAAAAGUGAAGCUCAACCUGCAUCCCAGCACCUUGCAAAACCCGAGGAGGUAAAAUGCAGCGUCUGCAAGGGCAGGAAGAGCAGAGCUGUCAAAUCCUGUGUCCAGUGUUUGGAGUCUUUAUGCCAGGCUCACCUGAAAGGACACGAAGAGCGCUUUCACAGAAAAGGCCACAAGCUGAUCCCAGCCACAGACAGGCUGAAGGAGAAGCUGUGCAAGCAGCACGAAAAGUUACUGCGGCUGUACUGCCACAGUGACCAGCAGUGCGUGUGCUCGCAAUGCGUUAAGGAGAGGCACAAGGGCCACAACACGGUGCCAGUGGUGGAGGAGAGGGCCAACCAGCAGAAAAAACUCAAAGAAACAUCUCUGAAGUCGCUGCAGAAACUGAAGGAUGCAGAGAAGGAACUAAGAUACGCUAUCAGAUACAUCAAGCACUCGACAGAGGCCGUGGUGGAAGAGAGCGAGAGGAUUUACACUAAGAUAAUUCGAUCCAUCGAGAAACAAAGCGGAGAGGUGAAGGAGAUGAUCAAAUCCCAGGAGAGACUGGUGAUCUCUCAGGCUGAGGAGAUGCUGGAGAGGAUCCAGAGGGACAUGGCCGAGCAUAGGAGGACAGAGGCGGAGCUGGAGAAGCUCUCUCACACAGAGGACCACAUCCAUUUCCUCCAGAAGUGCAAGUCGCUUCAUUUCCCCAUGAAGACACCGGAGAUGCCCAACACAGAUGCUCUUACUUAUCUCAUGUAUAAAACAAUGAGAGACUCCCUUGGAGAUCUGAAUGGAGGCCUGGAUGAAACACUUCAAAGAGAAUUCAGCAGAGUUUCUGAUAAAGUAAACUCACUGAAGGAGAGCAGCAACCCCAACAUCACUGAAAAGGCUAAAGCUAGGGAUGCAGACAUUCACCACACCACAGAACCGAGGAAAAGAGCAGAUUUCCUUCAAUAUUACCAUGAUUUAACUUUGGACCCGAACACAGCUAACUCCUACCUGAGCGUGUCUGACAGCAGGAGGUCAGUGACCACCCGCUCAGAGCCACAUCCCUACCCUGACCACCCGGACCGCUUCACCAGCUGGGCCCAGGUGCUCUGCAGAGCUGGGAUGGCCGGCCGAUGCUACUGGGAGGUGGAGUGGGCUGGGAACGGCGGGGUUUCAGUCGGCAUCUGCUACAAGACCAUGAACAGGAUUGGAGGAGGGAGCGACUGCAAGCUGGGACAUAACUCCAAAUCCUGGAGCCUGGACUGCACCAACACAGUCUGCUCUUUCCAACACAACAAGGAGAGCGUUGCCAUCCCGACUUCAUGUGGUAACAGGAUAGGAGUGUAUCUGGACUACAGGGCCGGGACGCUGACAUACUAUAAUGUUUCCGAUUCAAUGGUUCUGCUUCAUAAAGAGAAGACCACAUUCACCCAGCCUGUGUAUCCCGGGUUUUGGGUUGGCCUGGGUUCUACACUGAAGUUGUGCUCAUUGAAUUAAAUCUUGCUUUAUUAGCACAAUA